CGAGUGCGUCGCUACCGAUGGAACGCGCCACGCACACCAGCCAACCGGCGAUUGCAUAUAAAACAGAAUGCCACACCUCGCGGGUCGCGGUUUGUUGCAUCUUCUUCGCGUAGCCACCGAUCGCGUCGGUUCGUUCCGUAAGACAGUUCCAGUUUGACCUUGAGCAACCGGUCUCCAGCGUGUCCGUUCGCAGUGCCAACAACGACGUUUCGUUCUCUUCACAAUGGCUAAUCCAAAUCAAGAGAUCAAAUACACCAAGGUUUUCAUCAACAACCAGUUCGUUGAUGCUGUGAGUGGAAAGACCUUCCCAACGGUGAACCCAUCGACGGGCAAGAAGUUGGCCGAUAUUGCCGAGGGUGACAAAGCCGAUGUGGAUUUGGCAGUUAAGGCGGCAAAGGCCGCUUUCGUACGCACGUCCACCUGGCGCCAGAUGGACGCGUCCGCUCGCGGUGCCCUGCUUUGGAAGCUGUCCACGCUGAUGGAGCGCGACGCGAACGUGCUGGCCUCGCUGGAGUCGCUUGACAAUGGCAAGGCUUUCCCGAACGCGAUGUAUGACGUGCAGGGUUCGAUCAAGACGUUCCGGUACUACGCCGGACUGGCCGAUAAGGUCGUGGGUGACACGAUGCCUUCGGAUGGACCGCAUUUUUCGUACACCCGCAAAGAACCGGUCGGUGUUGUGGGCCAAAUCAUCCCGUGGAACUACCCGCUGUCGAUGCUGUCGUGGAAAUGGGGUCCGGCUUUGGCUGCCGGUUGUACCGUCGUGAUGAAGCCGGCGGAACAAACCCCAUUGACCGCACUGUACAUGGCUGCGCUGUCGAAGGAAGCUGGUUUCCCGGAUGGUGUGAUCAACGUGGUACCGGGUUACGGCCCAACAGCUGGUGGUGCUAUCAGCUCGCAUCCCGAGAUCCGCAAGGUGGCCUUUACCGGUUCGGUUGAGGUGGGCAAGAUCAUCAUGGCAGCGGCUGCUGCGAGCAACCUGAAGAAGGUGUCCCUCGAGCUCGGUGGCAAGAGUCCGCUGGUCAUCUGCGAGGAUGCUAACCUUGAUCAAGCGGCUAUGAUCGCGUACAUGGCGGUUUUCGAAAACCAGGGCCAAUGUUGCAUCGCAGCCACGCGUACCUUCGUGCAUGAGAGCAUUUACGAUCAGUUCGUGCAGAAGGCAACCGAGCUGGCAAAGAACCGUAAGGUCGGUAACCCAUUCACCGAGGGCACCGUCCACGGACCGCAGAUCGAUGACACGCAGUACAAGAAGAUCCUUGGUUACAUCGAGAUCGGCCAGAAAGAGGGUGCUAAGUUGGUGACGGGUGGCAAACCCGUCGGUUCCGAAGGAUACUUCAUUGAGCCGACGAUCUUUGCCAACGUGACGGACGACAUGACGAUCGCGAAGGAGGAAAUCUUUGGCCCAGUCCAGAGCAUCAUCAAGUACCGUACGUUGGAUGAAGCGAUCGAGCGGGCGAACAAUACCUCGUUUGGACUGGCGGCCGGAAUCGUCACCAACGACAUCAACAAGGCGCUAAUGUUUAGCCACUCGGUUGAGGCUGGCUCGGUUUGGGUCAACACCUACCUGGCCGUCGUGAACCAGGCACCGUUUGGUGGCUACAAACAGUCCGGCAUCGGACGCGAGCUGGGCAAAGACUCGCUGGAAGGCUACCUGGAGACGAAGGCCAUCUCGGUCCGGCUACCGGCGAAGUUUUAACCAAACGGCCCCCAUCCGUUGACCGGGUUGGCGUUAUCACGAUUCACGAUUGUUUCCUUCCGUUGUGCGUUUUAGUUUGCUUUGUUGUAGCCUCGAACCAAAUACAGCUUCAUCUUUGUGUAACAUAA